CUUUUUCAUGCGCAUCUUCAAGGAGUUUUCCUCUGUACUUUUCUUCCAAAUUUCUGUGCAUCCCGUUAUGUAAAUUCGUGGUGUGAUACGAAUAUUUCUGCCACGAUUGUGACCCUGUGUGACAUUGAGUGGUGGGUAAUCAGUUGAGAGGCCGCAACUCCAGGAGACUCAAUCGUUUAGGUCGCGAUCAGUCACAGUUUCACUCGCGCAGUGAUCGCACUACUUUUGGCUCUCUGGCGGUGCUUCGGCCUUUAUCACCUGGGCGAUCUUUCACUGUGGGGUGUUUCAGCAGCAAAGCCACACAAACUCAGCACACAAUACAGGCGAUGAAUGAUUGAUUGGCACGCAAAUGCUAGGCUAUUUCAUGUUAGGCCUGUUCGCACUUGUAGCUCUAUGCUUUCGGAAAUUGUUCUCGAGAGGCUCAGAAUGCAGGGCUAUUAGAACAGCGGUUGCAGUCGUUGAGUCGAACGGCGAAGAGGAGGGCACAUCGAGUGGUGCGGCUAAAGAGGUGCUGGAGCCAGUGAUACGCAAAGUCAAAUUCUCACAUGAGAACUUUAUCAUUGAGAACAAGAGUGAUAUCGAUUCGGUGAAGAACGGUGAAAGUGAGACAGACAUGGAGGCGGAGAACAGCGACAGACCCAGCUUCACGGUGGGCGAGGAGGCGGCGGAGAACGGCCAGGAGGCGCUGGAGGAUCGCGAUGACUUCAACCAGAAUCUCGUGACGAACGGCAUCAGGAUGUCGCACGACUUGGCGGAGAAGCGGAAGCGACUCAGACCCAGCAUGAGUCAUGGCACUGGCCUUGGGCAGGACCGAUAUCAGGAGAGGGACUUUGUCUUGGCGACUCCUGAGGAGUUUGUGAAGAGAUUCGGUGGCAAUCGUGUCAUCAAUAAGGUGCUGAUCGCCAACAACGGAAUUGCCGCUGUCAAGUGCAUGCGCUCAAUCAGGCGCUGGUCUUAUGAGAUGUUCAAGAACGAGCGCGCCAUCAAGUUCGUGGUGAUGGUGACGCCUGAAGACCUGAAAGCCAAUGCCGAGUACAUCAAGAUGGCAGAUCUGUACGUGCCUGUGCCGGGCGGAUCCAACAACAACAACUACGCCAACGUGGAGCUGAUCUUGGACAUUGCGGUGCGCACGCAAGUGCAGGCCGUGUGGGCUGGCUGGGGACACGCGUCGGAGAAUCCCAAGUUGCCUGAGUUGCUGCACAAGAAGGGACUGGUGUUCUUGGGACCGCCGGAGCGCGCCAUGUGGGCGCUGGGAGACAAGGUGGCGUCGUCGAUCGUCGCCCAAACCGCAGACAUUCCAACACUCCCGUGGUCUGGCUCGGAGCUGAAGGCCAUGUAUCAGGGCAAGAAGAUCAAGAUAUCGAGCGAUCUGUUUGCGCGCGGAUGCGUCACGACGCCGGAUCAGGGACUGCAGGCGGCAGCUAAGAUUGGCUUUCCGGUGAUGAUCAAGGCGUCCGAGGGUGGCGGCGGCAAGGGUAUUCGACGCGUUGACUCGCCAGAUGAGUUUCCGACGCUCUUCCGGCAAGUGCAGGCCGAGGUGCCGGGAUCGCCGAUCUUCGUGAUGAAGCUGGCCAGGGGAGCGCGCCAUCUGGAGGUGCAGCUGCUGGCGGAUCAGUAUGGCAAUGCCAUCAGCUUGUUCGGCAGGGAUUGCUCCAUCCAGCGUCGUCAUCAAAAGAUCAUCGAAGAGGCGCCGGCGAUUGUCGCGCAGCCGGAAGUGUUUGAAGACAUGGAGAAGGCGGCUGUUCGUCUGGCCAAGAUGGUGGGCUACGUGAGUGCGGGCACUGUGGAGUAUCUGUAUGAUCCCGAGGGUCAGUACUACUUCCUGGAGCUGAAUCCGCGACUCCAGGUCGAGCAUCCGUGCACAGAAAUGGUGGCCGAUGUGAACUUGCCCGCAUGUCAGCUGCAGAUUGGCAUGGGAAUCCCGCUGUAUCGCAUCAAGGACAUCCGGUUGCUGUACGGAGAAUCUCCAUGGGGCACAUCUGUCAUUGACUUCGAGAGCCCGUCGAAGAAACCUCGUCCGUGGGGACAUGUCAUUGCCGCUCGAAUUACAUCGGAGAAUCCCGAUGAGGGCUUCAAGCCCAGCUCGGGAACAGUGCAGGAGUUGAACUUCCGUUCUAGCAAGAAUGUCUGGGGAUACUUCAGUGUGGCAGCGUCUGGAGGAUUGCACGAAUUCGCAGACUCGCAAUUUGGACAUUGUUUCUCAUGGGGAGAGAAUCGGCAGCAAGCCAGAGAGAAUCUGGUCAUUGCCCUGAAGGAAUUGUCCAUCAGAGGUGACUUCCGGACGACUGUGGAGUACCUGAUUACUCUGCUGGAGACGAAUAGAUUCCUGGAGAACACCAUUGACACGGCUUGGCUGGAUGCACUGAUUGCCGAGAGAGUGCAAGCGGAGAAGCCUGAUAUUCUGCUGGGAGUUGUUUGCGGGGCGCUUCACAUUGCCGACAGGCAGAUCACGGAGGCUUUCACGAGCUUCCAGACGUCUCUGGAGAAGGGUCAGAUUCAGGCGGCAAACACUCUGACGAACGUCAUGGAAAUCGAGCUGAUUUCCGAGAGCAUUCGAUACAAAGUGCAAGCGGCAAAGAGUGGCACCAACUCGUACUUCCUGGUCAUGAAUGGUUCCUUCAAGGAGGUGGAGAUCCACCGGCUGUCGGACGGAGGAAUGCUACUGUCGCUCGAGGGCGCCAGUUACACGACAUACAUGAAGGAGGAAGUGGACAGAUAUCGCAUAGUCAUCGGCAAUCAGACGUGCGUGUUUGAGAAGGAGAACGAUCCGUCACUCUUGCGAAGUCCCUCGGCCGGGAAGCUGAUCAAUCUUCUGAUUGAAGAUGGAGCGCACGUGAACAAGGGCCAGCCUUAUGCGGAGAUUGAGGUGAUGAAGAUGGUGAUGACGCUGACGUCUCAGGAAGCGGGAACGGUUUCUUUUAUGCGCCGCCCAGGCGCUGUCCUGGACGCUGGAUCAUUGAUUGGGCAUCUGGAGCUCGAUGAUCCGUCGCUGGUGACCAAGGCGCAGCCCUUUAAGAGUCCUUUCCCGCACGUGGAGAACGCCAAUAUUCCCGAGAAGCUGAAUCGUGUGCACAAUAGUUACAAGGCCAUCUUGGAGAACUGUCUGGCCGGCUACUGCCUUCCUGAUCCCUACAAUGCGCCACGCCUCAGGGAGAUCAUUGAGAAGUUCAUGCAGAGUCUGAGAGAUCCUUCACUGCCGCUGCUAGAGUUGCAGGAAGUGAUCGCGACGAUUGCGGGCAGGAUUCCGAAUGUGGUGGAGAAGAAAAUCAAGAAACUGAUGAUGCUAUACGAGAGGAACAUCACGAGUGUCCUUGCGCAGUUUCCGUCGCAACAGAUCGCCAGUGUGAUUGACACGCACGCUGCCACGCUGCAGAAGCGCGCCGACAGAGAUGUGUUCUUCCUCACAACGCAGGGCAUUGUGCAGCUGGUGCAGAGGUACAGGAAUGGCAUCCGCGGGAGGAUGAAGGCGGCCGUGCACGAGCUGCUGCGCCAGUACUACGCCGUGGAGUCGCAGUUCCAGCACGGACACUACGAUAAGUGUGUGGCGGGAGUGCGUGAGAAGCACAAGGACGACAUGACACAAGUGGUGAACACAAUAUUCUCGCACAGUCAGGUGGCGAAGAAGAAUCUCCUGGUAACACUACUGAUAGACCACCUGUGGGCCAAUGAGCCGGGCUUGACGGACGAACUGGCGGCCACGCUCAGCGAACUAACAUCGCUCAACAGAGCUGAACAUUCCAGGGUGGCGCUGAGGGCGCGCCAGGUCCUCAUUGCCGCCCACCAGCCGGCCUAUGAGCUGCGCCACAACCAGAUGGAAUCGAUUUUCCUGUCCGCCGUCGACAUGUACGGCCACGAUUUCCAUCCGGAGAAUCUCCAGCGCUUGAUUCUCUCGGAGACCUCAAUCUUCGACAUUCUUCACGACUUCUUCUACCACUCCAACCGUGCCGUGUGCAAUGCCGCCCUGGAAGUGUACGUGCGGCGCGCCUACACAUCCUACGAACUCACUUGCCUGCAGCACCUGGAAUUGUCCGGCGAAGUGCCUCUGGUGCACUUCCAGUUCCUUCUGCCCACGUCGCAUCCCAAUCGCGACAAUGGGGAACUCGAGGUGCCCAUCCGGACUGGCUGCAUGGCGGCGUUCGACAGCUUCCAGCAUUUCCAUGACUACUCAGAUGAGAUCUUAGACCUGCUGGAGGACUUCGCCUCGCCGGCUUUCGUCAGCACGAAAGUGUUGGACGCAGUGGAAGCGGCAGAUUCUGUGUCUGAUGGCCGUCACAGCACGUCCAUCAACGUCUCCAUUUCAGACCCAGUGACCAGGAUCGGCACAGACAUUGACACGGCGCAAUCCAUGGAGCCCAUUCACAUCCUGAGUGUGGCUAUCAAGGGAUUGGGCGACAUGGAUGAUCUGCAGAUGUCGGACAUGUUUGGUGGCUUCAUGAGCUUGCAUCGCGAGGAAUUGCUGACGCGUCGCGUGCGGAGGAUCACCUUUGCGGCGCUGAAGAAGCGUCAGUUCCCCAAGUUCUUCACAUACCGCGCGAGGGACUGUUUCAAAGAGGAUCGCAUCUAUCGCCAUCUAGAGCCAGCCUGUGCCUUCCAGCUCGAGCUCAAUCGCAUGCGCACGUACGAUCUGGAGGCGCUGCCCACUGCCAAUCAGAAGAUGCAUCUGUAUCUGGGGCGCGCGAAGGUGGCGAAGGGUCAGGAGGUCACGGACUAUCGCUUCUUCAUCCGCUCCAUCAUCAGGCACUCGGAUCUGAUCACCAAGGAGGCGUCAUUCGAGUAUCUGCAGAAUGAGGGCGAGCGCGUGCUCCUGGAGGCGAUGGACGAACUGGAGGUGGCUUUCUCGCAUCCGCAGGCCAAGAGGACGGACUGCAAUCACAUCUUCUUAAACUUCGUGCCCACGGUGAUCAUGGAUCCCACCAAGAUUGAGGAGUCCGUGACGAAGAUGGUCAUGCGCUACGGACCGAGAUUGUGGAAGCUGCGAGUUCUGCAGGCUGAGCUCAAGAUGGUCAUCCGCCAGUCACCUCAAUCGCCAACCACUGCCCUUCGCCUGUGCAUUGCCAAUGACUCUGGCUACUUCCUGGACCUGAGUCUCUACAUCGAAGUCAAGGAUCCGGAAACUGGAGUGAUAAGAUUCCAGAGCCAUGGCACGAAGCAGGGACCUCUGCAUGGCCUGGCCAUCUCCACGCCAUACAUGACCAAAGACUUCCUGCAGCAGAAGCGUUUCCAGGCACAGUCCAACGGCACGACCUACGUUUAUGACAUUCCCGACAUGUUCAGACAAAUGACUGAGCGUCUCUGGAAGGAGUACCUUAAAGUGCGACCCAGUGUGGACUUGCACAUUCCGGAGAAGAUUCUUCUCGAGUGCGUUGAGCUGGUGCUCAACGGUGACGUGCUGGAAGAGGUGCAGAGACUUCCGGGAGAGAAUACUUGCGGAAUGGUGGCCUGGCGGGUAGUCAUCUGCACUCCUGAGUAUCCCAAAGGACGAGAGAUGAUCCUGAUAGCCAAUGAUCUGACCUACUUCGUGGGAUCCUUUGGCGUGAAGGAGGAUUACUUGUUCAACGAGGCGUCAGUGUUGGCGAGGAAGAAGAAGAUACCAAGGGUUUACAUAUCAUGCAACAGUGGAGCGAGAAUCGGACUGGCUGAGGAGGUCAAGGCGCUGUUCAAGGUCGCCUGGGAGGAUCCGGAUGAGCCUGACAAGGGCUUCAAGUAUCUCUAUCUCACCACUGAGGAUUACAGCACGCUGGCGAAUCAGAACUCUGUCAAAACGAUCCUGAUUGAGGACGAGGGUGAGCCCAGGUACAAAAUCACUGAUAUUAUUGGCAAGGAGGACGCCAUCGGUGUUGAGAAUCUGAGAUACGCCGGAAUGAUUGCCGGCGAGACGAGCAGAGCUUACGAGGAGAUCGUCACGAUCUCUGUCGUCUCCUGCCGAGCCAUUGGCAUUGGAUCGUAUUUACUGCGACUGGGCCAGCGAGUGAUCCAGAUCGACAACUCCCACAUCAUCCUCACUGGCUACGCUGCCCUCAACAAGCUUCUCGGGCGCAUGGUGUAUGCGUCCAAUAAUCAGCUGGGCGGCGUGCAGAUCAUGUACAACAACGGCGUGUCGCACAAGACGGAGGCCGUGGAUCUGGAUGGUGUGUAUCGCGUGCUGCACUGGCUCUCCUACAUUCCCGCCUACAAAGGCUGCGAGCUGCCCAUCACGGUGCCCAGCGAUCCCGUGGACCGCGAUGUGGGCUUCAUUCCCACCAAAGUGCCCUACGAUCCGCGCUGGCUGCUCGCAGGCCGGCCGAAUCCCAGCAAUCCCGGUGAGUGGGAGUCGGGCUUCUUUGACAGGGAGUCCUGGUCGGAGAUCAUGGAGCCGUGGGCGCAGACUGUGGUCACGGGCAGGGCGAGACUGGGUGGUGUGCCAGUGGGCGUAAUUGCAGUGGAGACGAGAACGGUGGAGGUGACAAUGCCCGCCGAUCCGGCCAACAUGGACUCUGAGUCGAAGACUCUGCAGCAGGCUGGACAGGUGUGGUAUCCGGACUCAGCCUACAAGACGGCGCAAGCAAUAAAGGACUUCGGACGGGAGGAAUUGCCGCUGAUCAUCUUUGCCAACUGGAGGGGAUUCUCAGGUGGAAUGAAGGACAUGUACGAGCAGAUCGUGAAGUUCGGCGCCUACAUCGUGGACGGACUCAGGGAAUACACGCAGCCUGUGCUGGUCUACUUGCCGCCCAAUGCGGAGCUGCGCGGCGGCGCCUGGGCAGUGCUUGAUCCCACCAUCAAUCCGCGCUACAUCGAAUGCUAUGCCGAUCCGGAGUCUCGAGGUGGCGUCCUGGAGCCCGAAGGUAUCGUGGAGGUGAAGUUCAGGGAGAAGGAUCUCAUCAAGACAAUCCAUCGCGUGGAUCCUGUCACUCUGGAUCUGAAGAAGGAAAUCGCGAGCUUGGGUGACAACAAGGAGAAGGUGCAGGAGUUGGAGGUGAAGAUCAAGGACAGGACGAGCUCUCUGCUGCAUGUCUAUCACACUGUGGCUGUCCACUUUGCCGAUCUGCACGACACGCCGGAGCGCAUGCUGGAGAAGGGCUGCAUCAGCGAGGUGGUGGAGUGGAGGAGUUCCCGGAAGUACCUGUACUGGCGCCUGCGGAGACUGCUGCUGGAGGAUGAGUUCGUGAAGAAGAUCCUGGACGCGCAGGAGAGCCUGACCGUGGGCCAGGCGCAGUCCAUGCUCAGGCGGUGGUUCGUGGAGGACUUGGGCGCCACGGAGGCGUAUCUCUGGGAUCACAAUGACGACGUGGUGAAGUGGCUGGAGCGCCAGCGAGAUGAGGACUCCACAGUGUCCAGGAAUAUCAAGUCCGUGAAGAAGGACGCGAUCAUUUCGCAGAUUCAGAAAGCUUUAGAGGAGUGUCCGGAAGUGGCUCUGGAUGCCGUCAUUGGCCUCUGUCAGGCUCUCUCGCCCGCCAAUCGCGUCGAAGUGGUGCGAACGCUGACACAUCUGGAGAUUGGCGAUAAGGAAUCCGCGCAAAAUCUGGGAUGACGCACGCCAAAGUGAAUACAAUGCAUUUAGCUUCUUUCCCCUAAAUUAUUAGAGUCUCUUCUAUUAUUGUGUGCGAAACGCUUUAAGCUGACAAAUCAUCAUUGGAAUGCAAUACAUUUGUACGUGAGGGAUUUUGCACUCGCGCGGGGCAUCUUCACUGAAAUCAAUGCUGUAAGAAUUGUAAUUUUCGUUGUAAAAUUUAGGAAGAGUAAAACAAGAAUAGUUUCACAGAAAA